AUGGGUGUCCACGGCCCAUCGGAACACCAGCGCGCCGAUCAGCAGCGCCGCACCGAACACGCCGCGCUGCCGCGCGUCGUCUAUGCGCGCCAUCCGCACGCUGUCCAGGUGCAGCAGCGGCGGGGGGAACAACCCCGCGCUCCCGCUGCUACUACUGCCGCUGGUGCUGUUGCUGCCGUUAGAGCCCCACAGCAACGGCCGAAUGCACCCCUGCGCUCGUCCCAGCAACCGCGGCUUGCCUCCGCGCGCAUCUGUACCCGCGCUCGUCCGCGCGCCCCCCUGCCCCUCGCGCUUAUCUUCGCGCAAUCGCCUCUCCCUCCCUCCCGCCAUUGCCUUUCCCUCCUCACCCGCCAUCGCCUCUCCCUCCCCGUCGUCGCCUCUCCCUCCCUCCCCGUCGUCGCCUCUCCCUCCCUCCCCGCCGUCGCCUCUCCGUUCCCUCCCCGUCGUCGCCUCCUCUUCCCUACCCGCCGUCGCCUCUGGCGACAGGCGCCAAGCGCGAGCGCCAAGGCGAAUCUACCUCUGAGGCACCGUGAUUCUCAGCGCACUGGCUGUUUGCGCGCUGGCGCCUUACGCGCUGGCGCCUAUGCGCGCCGGCGCCUAUGCGCGCUGGCGCCGGUCGCGCUGGCGCCGUGCGCGCUGGCGCCGUGCACGCUGGUGCCUUGCGCGCUGGCGCCAUGCGCGAUGGCGCCGUGCGCGCUGGCGCCGUGCGCGCUGGCGCCGUGCGCGCUGGCGCCUUGCGCGCUGGCGCCGUGCGCGCUGGCGCCGUGCGCGCUGGCGCCUUGCGCGCUGGCGCGUAACGCGCUGGCGCCUAAUGCGCUGGCGCCUUGCGCGCUGGCGCCUAUGCGCGCUGGCUCCGUGCGCGCUGGUGCCGUGCGCGCUGGCGCCGUGUGCGCUGGCGCCGUGCGCGCUGACGCCUUGCGCGCUGGCGCCUAA